GCUGAAUUUCUCCCUCCGCGAAGGGAGUAGUCUUGGAGCUUGUUUCGCAAUGGCGGGUUUGGCUGCUAAUAAUUCCAGAGGUGGUCAAGCCCAGCCAUCGGGCAACCAACGCCCUCAAAGGAACCUGUCUCGCCGCGUUUCAUUUAACGAGUCGACUCUCAAGCAAUCUGAAUCCCCUCGAUCUUCUGUGAUCGACGUCGAAGGUCAGAGAAACAAUACGCCACCCCGCAACUCCGGCUGCAACAUCUGCUGCGCAUGGGCUUCCCUCAUCGUAGGCAUAUUGGUCGUGAUGUUUCUCAUUGUUGGAGCCAUAUUCUUCUCCUUCUUCCAAUCCAACAUGCCAGAAUUCCAUUUCCAGAGGCUCCAGAUUAACAGGCUUGAUAUUUCCACGACCAAAAGUUCUGAUACUACAUUCUUAACCACGGAUAUCCAAGUAGACCUGAACGCCACCAACAAGAAUGGGAUAAUGCCGGUGUUUUAUACCUCGUUGACUGCUGAUUUGUCCUCUCAGGACAUCGACUUAGGCAAGGUGCAUCUUCCAGAUAUGGAACAGAAACCUCAGAAUUCCGCACGGUUGAAGUUGCACUCUCAGCUUCAAAAGGAACCCGUCACAGAGGCUGAUGCUAAGGACCUGAUACAGAAAUCCCAAAAUCACCAAAUUCUUAUGAACGUGAUCGUUGGAGGUGUUGUACAUUAUGUCAUUAAUGGACAUAAGAUGCCGGGCUUCCCUUUCAAAGUCCUCUGCGAGGACAUCUAUCAGGGGUUACUCGACAGUGGAGAAGUGCCCAAAUGUCAGGUCAAAAUGACCCCCGUCAGUUGAUGAUGAUGAUGACUUGAUCCUUUGCGAAGGCAAAAGAUGCAAGAAUUGGUGAGGCAUUGGCUGUGUUGAAUGUUUGUUUAGAUGAUUAGUAUAUUCCAGGAAGGGUUGGAUUAUCUUUUCUUGAGUAACACUUGUAGGCAGCCCUGCUCCCUUCUUUCCUCUCUGAGCUGUCGCCGGGUAUAGUCUUCUUUUCUUUGGAUAUUUUUGAUGGAGGCAGAUCGAAUGCAUAACAAGAAAAUUCUCCUA